UUUUCCAUACAUAUAAAUGAUUUACAAACAUAAAUAACAGUAAUCUAAAAUUGACAGCAGCUUGGAAAAACGUUCAAGCAGAUAAGAACUUCACGUUCUCCUUUGGUAUUCCAGUGGAUGACUAUGAAUCCUACUAGAAUGUACUCACUAGUUCUGGGACUUCUAGUUGGCUGCACGUCAAUUCUCUCUGAGCCAAUACAAUACUCCGGACCAUAUACAGGACCUGAUUCCUACCCCGUAACACAACCAGGAUCUAUACAAUCGCCGGGACUAAAUCCAGCUCAGGCAGGACCCAGUCCCUCCCCCGGACCACAGCCGGGAGCCGCUCCUUCAGCCGGGCAACAGCCAGAACCCUACCCUUCCGCCGGACCACAACCAGGACAUAACCCCUCCGCCGGACCAGAAGCAGGACGCAAUCCUUCAGCUGGACCACAACCGGGAGCUCCAUCUUCUUUAGGAACACCUAUAACCUCCUCCGGACCACAGCCGAGACCUUCUGCCUACCCCUCAAAUCAGCCAAGACGUGCUCCCUCCACUGGUCCACAACCACAACCUCACUUCUCUGCCAGACAACAGCCGGGACCUAACCCGUCAGCGCAACCACAACCGGUGUCUUACCCUUACUCCAGACCGCAGCCAGGGCCUAACCAACCACCGGCAACACAGGCGGGACCUUCGCCCUUACCUGGACCACAGAAGGGACCUUACCCUUAUUCUAAUCCACUGCCUGGAACUGAUUCAUACUCCAUAGCACAAUCAGGCCCUUUCUCAUAUCCCGGAUCACAGCCACAACCUUUCCCUUUCCCUGUAUCUCAGCCAGUAACUGCCGCCUACCCUGGGCCGGAACCUCUGUAUCGCGGGCCACAGCCGAAAGCUUCCCCUUACCCGGGACCACAGCCAGAACCUUUCCCAUUUUCUGCAUCUCAGCCAGUAUCUUAUUCCAACACUGGACCGGACCCGGGACAACCUCUGUUCCACGGAUUACAGCCGGGACCUUGCCCUUAUUCUGCUUUACAACCAUACGCCGAUCCAAUUCUAGUUCCCUAUCAAGGUAGCGCCUUGACAGGUCCCUCUGCUGUAGCCCAGCCGAACCACUCUCCGGUAGGCCCUAACCCUGGAUGUCCUGAAUGUGGAUACAAUUAUUACAAUAAUAACCCAUGUCCAGAAUGCGGAGGAUACGUUGGAAGCGGAUAUGGAGGGAACGGGUGCGGUGGAUGUAAUGACUACGGAUAUGGAUCUGGAGGAAGCGGAUGCAGUAGUUCCAGAUGUAGCUGCGGAGCAUACAGUGGAAACGAAUGUGGAGGGGACGGAUACGGAGGUUCCGGAUGUGGAGGUUCCGGAUGUGGAGGUUCCGGAUGUGGAGGUUCCGGAUGUGGAGGUUCCGGGUGUGGAGGUUCCGGAUGUGGAGGUUCCGGAUGUGGAGGUUCCGGUUGUGGAGGCGAAAGUUGUUGUUAAUGACAAUUCACACAUAACUUGUUGAAUGCCUUUAAUUGUAACUAAUUGUAUGUGAAUACAUCAAUGUAAUUACAACAAACCAAAAAAUAUUA